AUGAGAGAUAUCUAUCACUUUGGCCUCACAUGGUCAACUGAUGGCUUUCACUUUCAGUUCACUUCAAAUCACGAAGGGGUAGGGUCACUGACGCUUGAUGCUUUUAUAGAUACCGAUUCGAAAUAUCCCCACGGCAGUACUGGUCGCCCUGUGGCCCCCUCGUCCUCUGCAAAUUCGUCUUAUCGUCCCAGCACGCUCUCCCGCGUACACUUCGCGGACGACUUUGCGGACGACAUGUGUAAUCCACUGGCGUCUCCUCGUUCUGGCGUGACAGUGACUGCGGUCCCGGUGCCUGUGCCUUCCAAGUCGGCCAACCCUACGGUUGGUUUGCCUAUUAGUGCCGGGGAGGAUUGGGAGUUGCUCCCUCCUUCCGUUGACAGACGUAACGCGUUCGCUCAACGCAAGGCAAAACUUGUUCCCCAAUCUUCCUCCCGCCUUUCCUCCCACCCUUCUCACUCUUCCUAUCACGCCUCCUCCGUCCCUCCUGUACCACCCGUUUCUAUCCUAAGAAACCAUCCCGGCAACUUCUCCAUUGCCGAAGUAAAACCUCGCUCCCUUUCUGCUCUCCUUUCUGCUCUCCCAUCUCCCAAGAUGGAGGACAGUCCCAAUGUUUCGGAGGGCAAGAACAAGCCACUCCCCAUGUCUCCUCCCGGCAAAUUCGACCCUCACACACCCAGCCCUCGCAUGCCCAGUCUCACAAAGGAUGGCAUGCGCAAUCCCAUCCUGGGUACGCCUUUCAGUCCUACUGGUGUCAGUCCUGCCACUAGUAGUCGUUCUAGUUUCGCUACUAUCAAGGAUCUUCCCGAGACUGUUCGAACUCUUCAGUACCAGUAUGAAGCAACCCAAAAGCGACUGGCAACGAAGAUCGACGAUAUCAACAGGCUCGAAAAGAAGGUUGAAGACUUUGUUACCUUGACCGAGAACUACAUCAAGGACCAAAUGCACGCGCAAGUUGAGCGCAAUUCUGACUUGUCUUUUGAACUUUCCAAGGUCAAGCGCGAGAUGAAAAAGAGCCAGGAUCAGAUUGACCAGGUCAAGGAGAGUAUCCACGAGAUGCAACUUGAAGUCAACGGACUGACCUCGACUGUCAAUGACCUGAGCGCCAAGGUCGAUAUGUGUCUCACCGGAAUCUGGGAUAACACCGAAGAGCCAUUCGUGGCCUACCAGCGUCGAAAGAACAGUGAGAUCGAUGAAGAUAUUCAGGACAUCGGAAACAUGGCUGUGAAUCACGGAGCGCAACUCCUCUUCGUGAGACAAUCGAUAAUCCGCAUGCAAAUUGCAUUCAGACUCUUGCAACAUGAGAACAAUCUCAACGUUUCCCAAGAUGUGCAACUUAUUCUUCCGCAAUUCCCUUUGCCUACGGAAGGCGACGUGCCACCCACUGGUCACCUUCAAUCUCGUGCCACCUCUGCGCCUGGAGCAGCUCCACCAACAUCAGCCACUCCAGCAAAUGCCACACGCUCUGCAUCAACCACCGUGCCAAAAAAUGCGACUCCUUCAGCAUCCUGCACUGUACCAGCACAGGUUACUCCAGAAAAGUCCACUUCCUCAGAAUCGACCGCUGUGCCAGCAAAGGCUACUCCAGCAAAGUCCACUUCCUCGGCAUCAACCAUUGUUCGAGCAAAGGUUACUCCCCCAGCAUCUGCCACUGUGCUAGCAAAGACCACUCCACCAGCAUCGGAACCCGGGCCCGCAACAAUCACUACUCCAGGAUCUUCCAUUGCAAAGCAGAGCUCGAUCCCUCGUCAACCCAAUAUUAUUCGUUCGAAGAAGUCUGUUGGCUCUCAACUGAGCGACAAAGAGAACAUCGGCAAGUACACUGGUUAUUCGGACAACACAUCUGGAUCCGCAGAAGAUGACAGCCUUUCAUCCGCUACCAGUGGCAAACUCCAACGAUCUUCACGUCAGGAAGAGUCGGUCCCCCCUGUCCCUCCACUUCCUCGCGGUAUUGUUCUCCCCGGUGUUUCUGGAGAGCCCAUCCCACUGGCUAACAUCCACCCGCUCUACCGUCCUGGUUUCCGUGAGGUGAAUGCUCUCGGGAUCCCUGCGGUCACUCCGAUUGUGUCUCCCCACCCAGCUCAGCCCAAGGGCUCUCCUGAGUCUGGCAAGGACAAAACUCGCAACUAA